CAAGCAUUUCUGAUUCUGAUGCGGAGUGAAGCAUCUCCUCUACAGACGAUCUUCGCGGUGAAGGUAGUUGCCAAAGUUGUGAGAGCAGACCGGAGCAGACCGAGUCCACGGGUCUGCUGUGAGGAUCACACCGGCCAGGAGAGAGCAGGAGACACGGGAGCGCCUCUAUCUGUCAGCCCGGACCAGGAAAGAGCAAGUUCCACACGGCGGUCGAUCGACGGGAAAGUUUACCUGAAUAACCUCCUCUCCUUUGGGAUAGCUGCUGCUUCCUUUCCUUCCUCCUCACUGAAGCUCAGGAAGCCAUGCCUACAAACAUCCUUCUCCUGAGGUGAGCUACCUUGUAGACGGUCAGCGGCAUCAUGGCGGAACUGCCUAUUGCCCCGGGCGAGGUCUACAUAGAGGUGGAGUACGACUAUGAAUACAAGUCCAAAGACCGCCUCAUCGUCAUCCGCCAGGGGGAAUGCUACAUGCUGGUGAAGAAAUCCAACGAGGACUGGUGGCAGGUGAGGAAGGAGGAGGGGACCAAAGCCUUUUAUGUACCUGCACAGUAUGUUCGUGAGGUCCGCAAAGCCCUCAUGCCCCCUCCGAAAUCCCUCUCGCAUCCUUCUUCUGCCACUGGAAACUCACAUCCUCAAAGUGGAGGGGGUGCCCUUUGGGUAAAGCCAACUAAUCUAGACCUGGGACUCCCCGACCGGACUCCUGAGAACCUCCACAGACACGAGUCCAGCUACCGCCGCUCGCCCUCUGCACAAACUGCCUCUUCUGGGCACUUCAGUCCUCCCAGUCAGCGCAGGGACAGUAACCACUAUCAACCCCCGACAUCUCCCACCGACCCCGAACGAGCCCUGGCUGAUGUCUUUCUCAGUGGGCACCAUGCCGCCCUUAGAGGAGGGUCUCUGCCCCGAACCAGAGCUCGAUCCCCUGAGCUUGUCAGAACACCGUUGGAUGUGGACAGCACCCAUCACUGUGACUCUGCAGGGGAGGAGAGGCGCACCAACGACUCGGAGUCAGGAGACGAGCUGAGCAGCAGUUCUACUGAACAUCUCCAGACGGUGUCUUCUUCAGGCCACGGCCGCUCCGACUCCCCUGUCUACACCAACCUCCAGGAGCUGAAGAUCACCCAGACCAGCCUGCCCCCCGCCCCUUCAGGCUCCCCACUCCACGCGCUGGGAGACUGGGAGACCUACAAGGACCAGAACGGCCGGCACUUCUACUACAACCGCUCCACCCAGGAGAGGACCUGGAAGCCGCCUCGAACCAGGGACGCGAGCACCGGGAGCUCUAGAGGAGACAGCCACAGCGCAGGAGAGAGCUCAGAGACCACUCCUCUCUCGCUCUCGCCGUCUUUCCUUCCCUUCCUCUCGCUCUCGAUUGGUCGAUUCCAGCCUCUGUCAUCGGAGGACACCUGCUUCAGCGCCUACUCUAGCCAGUCAGACAGUCAGUACGGCUCUCCGCCGCGCGGCUGGUCGGAGGAGAUGGACGAGUUCGGACACACGCUGUACGUCAGCGACUAUACGAACGAGAAGUGGUUGAAACACGUGGAUGAGCAGGGCAGACCGUAUUACUACAGUGCAGAUGGUUCAAGGUCAGAAUGGGAGCUUCCAAAGUACAACCACUCUCCCCCUCAGCCUUCUGGAGACGCCCCAAAGAGUCGCAGUCUGGAUCGGAGACAGGUGGAGCCCAUCGUGCUCACCAAAUGGAGGCACAGCGCCUACGUACAAGAUCCAAAUGACAAGGACGCUCCUCUGGGUCCCAAGCCCCCUUCACCUGACUCUGACUCCUGCCCUUCAUCUCCCAAGCCCCCCACCUCCCCGUCUGAAAAGUGUGGCGUUCUAAACGUAACAAAAAUCACUGAGCACGGAAAGAAAGUACGGAAAAACUGGACGUCUUCCUGGACGGUGCUCCAAGGAUCCACGUUGCUGUUUGCCAAAGGCCAAGGAGGAGGAACCAGCUGGUUUGGAGGGAGUCAGUCCAAACCUGAGUUCACUGUGGAUCUGAGGGGCGGCUCUGUGGAGUGGGCUUCGAAGGAUAAGUCCAGCAAGAAGCAUGUUAUAGAGGUGAAGACUCGGCAGGGCACGGAGCUGCUGAUCCAGUCCGAAAACGACGGCGUGGUCAACGAUUGGUUCAGAGCACUGCAGGACACCAUCAGCACUCAUGCCUGGGAGUCUGAUGAGGCCAUAGAGGAGGACAUGCCGGAGUCACCUGGUCUGGAGAAACAUGACAAGGAGAAGGAGCACAGAGACUCAAAGAAAGGUAGAGCCAUGAAGACCUCCACCAGCAUGGACGGCUCGGACAACAAGAAGACCAGGCACAAGCUGAAGAAGUUCCUGACCCGCCGCCCGACCCUGCAGGCCGUCAGAGACAAGGGGUACAUCAAAGAUCAGGUGUUCGGCUGCAGCCUCUCCAGCUUGUGUCACAGAGAGAGCGACACGGUGCCCAGCUUUGUCCGGAUGUCCAUCGACCACGUGGAGAACAACGGUCUGUGUGUCGACGGGCUGUACAGAGUCAGUGGAAACCUCGCUGUCAUACAAAAACUACGCUUCGCUGUUAAUCAUGAUGAAAAGGUGAACCUGGCAGACUCAAAGUGGGAGGACAUCCACGUGACCACCGGAGCUCUAAAGAUGUACUUCAGGGAGCUGCCGGAGCCUCUCUUCACCUAUGCCUUCUUCCAUGACUUUGUCAGCUCCAUCAAGCUUCCAGAAUACAAGCAUCGAGUCCAGUCCAUCAAAGAGCUGGUCAGACAGCUCCCCAAGCCCAACCAGGACACCAUGCAGGCUCUCUUCAAACACCUGAGGAAGGUGAUUGACCACGGAGAGGAGAACCGCAUGACCACCCAGAGCGUGGCCAUCGUGUUCGGCCCUACGUUGCUGCGGCCUGAAACAGAGACCUGGAACAUGGCGGUCCACAUGGUCUACCAGAACCAGAUAGUAGAGCUAAUACUGCUGGAGUACGAGAACAUUUUCGGCAGGUAGAGAGACUAUGGAGGACAAGCGUCUUUGUUUUUUUUCCUCACCCAGCCUGGCCUGACCUGGGCUGUGUCGCGAUCCAGCUGGUCCAAGAGCCGCUGCUUCUUCUUCUUCAUCUCAAACAACAUCCUGUGGUCACCGGCUUCUCCAAAGCUCGCAAUAUCCGGACCAAAGCCACGCGAAUAUGUCACGAACCAAAACAUAGAUGUUAAAAAAAAUAUGCGACCAACAGUUUUAGACUUUGCACUUUUCAGUCUCUUGUUUGUCCUGCAGCUUCGUUUGUGCCACUUUACUGCAAAAGGUGACGUCUUCCUGUCUCAACACUGGACUCCUGAAGCUGAAUCACAGGCAGAACAAGCUUCUAACUACUGCACAGACUGACCGAGACCAAAGGAGCUGCAGAGGGUUGAGCCUCAGCAGCCUGGACUACAGAGGAGGCGUCAGUAUUGGGUGGUGGAGGUGGAGGUGCCCCCUGUUUGUACUGUACUGUAUAUUUUAGAACGCACUGGGAAAAAAAACAAACUGCUGUGCUUUGCUUUAAACGUUUAGACACUAAAAGAAGAAACUCUUAGAACAAGGAGAAGAAGGGAUGUCUUUUAGGAACAUGUUUUGCUCCCUUUCUUUAAAAAAAAAUGUUUUAUCCCCCUUCUACCUCUUUCCAUCCCCCAUCUGAGUCUGCUUCUACACCCUGAAACACUCGACCCGGGGUCCUCUGAACACAUUAGAGCUUCUUAUUCUUCUGUAACAUGUAUAAAUGCACUCCACCUUCUCCAUUUGGCUUUAAGAACAAAUCAUCUUGACAUCAGCUUGAUAAACAAAUAAAGGUACUCAUCUGUGUCUUUCCUUGAGUUGUGGAUAUUAAAUGUUCAGGCCUCUGAACAUGACUCCAUUGAUACAUCUGUACAGUGUUUAUGUGUGUGCAUGUGGAUGGGGGGAGUGGUGGACGGAUGAAUGAAUGGAUUUAAUGACGAUGUAUUGUACAAAUAGUAAAUAUAAGUACGUAUGCCUGGAGUGUUAUGAAUUUAAGAGGGAGAAAUCACUAUUUUGUGAGCAUGGGUUAACCAACAGAGGAGUGAUGGAGGAGCACAAAGGAUGUGGAGGUUAGGAUUGUGAAUGUAACUGUUGGCUUUAACAAACUGGAAUAAAGACCUCUAAUAACACA